AAUCUGCAUCCCUGCAACCACACUCUCUCGUCGCUGGACAGAAAUCGUGCGGGCACAGCUCAGUGUCUUCUGUCCACCACAUCCCGUCAUCUAACGCUGCUUCCUCGGCAUCCGUCCUCUCUGUCCAUGUUAUUUCGACCCCAACCCAUGAUGUGCACGAGGCUACCCAGCGCCAUACACGGUCAGAAGAGUUUAUAAUCAAUAAUAGUUCCGAAUUGGCUCUUGCCAAAAUGAGUUCCGGCGAUACUGGUCCCGGCGACACUCAGCCGAUAUCUCAGACUGUAUUCGAAGACAUCCUCUCGCGCAGCAAGUUACUCGCAACUUCUCCAGAGAGCAGCCAUAUCGACGUGGACCUGCGUGAUGCCAAUCAUGAACCCUUGCACAUGACUAUGCAAGAGGGCGAUCCAGGUCAUAUUGACCUCCUUUCAGGCUUUGGGGAAAGCAAUCCUGCAGCAAUCCAUCAUAGCUCGGGCAGCGAUGGCUUGAGCUCAAAGGACGGAGAAUCAUCGCCUGCCCAUGACCAAGCCAAUUUAUUCAGCGACUCACAACAACACUUUUUGACAACUCCAGUGACGGUGGGGAAAUUGCAAAAGAACGUUUCGGAUUUGGCAACAGCGACCCCGUCUCUACCUCGCAACCCGCUCGCUGCCGACUUGGGGUCGAGUGGAGGAAUAAUGGCACUCAGUCAGGUUUUCAAAGCUACGCAGGCUCCUUCCUCUCCGUUCGUUAAUGGCCUUCCAUCCGGCCCGCUUUCCGACCGUCCUUCUCCCAAUUUCCCUAUCCAAGCUCGCCCUAUGGAAACAUAUGCCUCCUCCCCUUUCCGCACGCCACGGUCAAAUCUGCAUCGCACCCAUACCGAUCCUUACAGUUACGUUUCAAUGGAUGAGUCACAAAAGAAGCGUGACAAGGUAAUUGAAAAUAGAAGGACCCGCUCCGUUGAGGACAUGGAUUUAGAAGAUCAGAGUGACGAGGAGUUCUAUAAGGAACCAAGCUUCGUUCGGCAGCAGCAACGACAGAAAAAGAUUGAUGAGGAAAUCAGUGCGCGUCUCUCAGGGAUUACUCGAAGUAGCCCUCGAAGACUUGUCAACCAGUCCCCUACCAAAUUAUCCAAAUUCACCACUUCGGAUCCAGUCUCGGAAAUUGGAGGCGAUGCUCAAGGCAUCAGCGAAGAGGAAACGGAGCAAGAGGAUAAUGUCGUGACAUCCACCAGCCAGAUACGGCAGCCUAUAUCUUCUUCGGAAGAGGACAAGGAGAACUUUGUGGGCCCUAUUGCUACAGCGCCUGUCACAACGUCUCUUGCUCACGACCGUCUAUCACAAGCUUUGGAUUUGUACAAAGAUCCCCUCAAACACGAUGUACCACUUCAGGAAGAAGAUACUCCCUUACAAGAGCACGAUUUCCCCCCUUUGGAACAAAUAAUCAAUGUGCGAGACUCUCAACCAUCCCCGAGUCAACAAGAGUUUAGAUAUCACAAAGAUGUACACGUGUCUUCCCAAAAUGAGGUCGAUAGGGUGCGUUCCUCUCCCGUGGAGUCUUCACCACCGAGAAAACGACAACGCCGUCAGCAUAGUCUAGGUCAAACUCCUGAUGUAUCUCCUGUCAAAAAAUCCGCUCAAAGGCGUUCACGCUCACCUUCGUCCAUUCCUUCAGGUGUCCGCUCUCCGCAACAUCAACCGCCGCCGACUGUGCCUCUUUCAUCAGCACAAAAUGCCAGUGCUGCAGAAAAAUCUUCCUCUAUGCCUUCGUUAGUUGCCAACACCCCAGUCAAUAAGAUGACCAAUAACGACACAGUCCCUGAAACUGUCCUCGAGUCAAGUCUGAAUGUGCCUCGACAGUUUCCUCCACAAACAAACCUAGUUAAUCCCAUCGUUACUAUAGAUGAACAAGAACAAGAAGACGACGAUCUGCCAACUCCUCAUCAUCAACGAAACUGGGACAAAAUUGCCCCUGGGCCUUCACCUGAUGGAACACCGAGAGCAUUGGGUAAUAUUUCGCGGGGCGAAAAGCUACUUACUAGCUCAAGUCCAAUGAAGGGGAGAAUCAAGAGCUUAUCUGAACUAUCAGCCGAACACUCUUCGCCUCAUGCACCUGACGAUGAAAUAGAUUUUAAUAUGUGGAGUACGGGAGAUAAAGAAUUCUCGGAGGUUGUUGAAGUGUUCAACCGUCGUACGCCAAUUAAAAAACGAGGAGUUAAUGAGGACAAAACACCUCGGCCGUCCACACCUUUGCGAACUCUGUCUCCUCACUCUGCGGUUCGAAAAAUAGACUUUGGUCAUGCGACGCAGCAGUCAGUUGACCGUCAAGAACCCGAAGAUUCAGAUAUUCCAGAACCAUCCUACACGCCUACUGUUCCCCGACGGCAACGAGGUCGACCAUCACGGCGUACCGAGAACAUAUGGGAAAUCGAAGAUUCGCCCCGGAAACUUAAUACUACGAGCUCUCAAUUGUCAAAUAGCCGGUUCAGAAGGAAGACUCCGGGGAUUCCUGCUACAGUGAAUGCUCCAGACAACGAGAGCUCUCAGAGCUCCUUACCAUCGGAAAAUUCAGCCCCAAUACAGACUGAACGUCAGACACGAGAGACAUCUAUCUCUACAAGUGUUGUGCAUCUCCCGGGAACAGACUUACCAUCUGAAGAUGUGGCACCCGAACAAACACCACAGCCGGAGGAACCCGUAAUAGCUCCAAAUCAAGUACUAGCUUCCUGGAAUGGUCCCAAGCGUGCUUAUUACCCUGCAACAUUCCUUGGUUCGUGUGGUCAACAACGCUGCAUCGUGAAAUUCCCAGACAGCGCUCCAGUAGAAGUCGCUCUUGGUUCUAUUAAGAAGCUACAACUGCGAAUUGGAGACUCCGUGAAGGUUGAAUGGCAGGGUGUUCCAAAAGUUACUCACAUAGUUCGAGGGUUUACCAACAAGUUUCAAGCUGAAGACCUCACAAAGGAGGACGCCUAUGGAGCUCUCCCGGUAACUGAUGUUCAUGGGUACUCGAAGAUCAGACUUUGCGCAAAGGAACGCAAAAGUCUUCCAGGUGGCGGUCAAGUGGAAUCUGAUCAGACCAUCGAAGUUCCCAUUUCCAGUAUCUACUUGGACAACAUCCUGUGGAAUCGGCUAAAAGGUCAUGCUUUUACCGUUGACCCGAAGAAAGACCCGGUUCCAACUAUCACACAGACCCCAACUGGUGGUGUAGCAAAGGCAGCGUCUUCGGGGUGUAAACCACCUGGGACGCACCUUAUUUUAAAGACAGGGCUCUUUACAGGGAUGGUAUUUGCUGUUUCUUUUGUUGGCCAGGAUGCAGCUAAACUGCGAGUCACCAAGUUAAUAUCAGAAAAUGGUGGCCGUAUUUUGCAAGAUGGAUUUGAAGAACUCUUUCAAUUUCCUCUUAGUGUGCCUGACGCCAUGCCCUCCAAGGCCUUGUCCCAAGCUUCAAAUACCGAGGCAUUACAGUUUCACCUUAAGCCCGAACAUGAGAAUAUUGGUUUUGCCUGUUUGGUAGCCGAUGGCCAUUCUCGUCGAGCUAAAUAUAUGCAAGCGUUAGCUCUGAACGUUCCCUGUCUUUCCGGUAGAUGGGUUGAAGACUGCGUUCGUAAGAAGCGGAUUUUGAGCUGGGAAUAUUACUUGCUUCCAGCCGGUGAAUCAAUGUACCUUCACGGUGCCAUCAAGUCAAGAACCCUUGAACCAACGCCUGCAGAACACUCACACUUUUCGGAAACUAUUGCCAAACGCCCAAAACUUCUUGACGGACAGUCUGUGCUGCUAGUCAUGGGACGUGGAAAAGCCGAAGAAAAACGCAAACCAUACAUUUUCCUUACAUAUGCUCUCGGCCCAGAACGUGUUGAGCGUGUUCUAGAUCUAAAAACCGCAAAGGCAACUCUUGACCAACAGGUUACUAGCCGAUGGGACUGGGUUUACGUUGAUGACCGCGAAGAAGCUGCUGCAAAGAAGAUGAUUACUGACUAUCAAAAUAUCUCCAACUUUAGCAAAAAGAGGAAACGGUCAUCCAUGUUCAUACAGUCUCCUCGCGACCAGACAGCGAGUUUAGACAAGACAGAACGAAUUCUGACCAAUGACUUUAUCUGUCAGAGCUUGAUAUUAGGGAAAGUAUAUGAGGAGACUUGAUCUGUUUGAUGUGUGGAAGAUCAAUGUUCGGUCAAUCUGUUAUAGCACAGAAGUUACCCUUUUUCAUUCGCUUCGCAACUAUAUUUCCUAUACUUGUUUUUUUUGCUUUGAAAAGAUACCCAUCUGUCAUACAUUGCUAUCAAUGUUGAGAGGUACAUGCUCAUCUCGUUGAAUGAAUGUCUGAAAUAAAUAGAGUCUGAUUCUAGAAUUUCAGAGUGUACAGUACUGUAAGGAUUUUCGAAUGUAGACAUGUGAGCAUAAUUUGAC